AUGCAGAACUAUGGACACGAGGACUACGAUUAUGGGGGUGAUGGUAUGCAGCAACAGCAGGGGACCGGCAGAUCGCUGCCCCAGGUGCCAGGCGCCAGGCCCAUGGUGGACCCGCUUGCGAGCGGCGAAGUGGACCCGAACCUCUAUCCCGAGCCGAAAGAGGCGACCAACAAGAUCCGCGGCAAAAGCGACGUGAUCGAGUACCUCUUUGGGCCCGUCGACCAAGAACUCUUCACCGUGAAGACAUUCUACUUUUUCUUCUACUCGGCGUUCGGCUCCCUGUUCCCGCUGAUGGGUGUCUAUUUCAAGCAGAUGGGCAUGAACGCGGGCCAGUGUGGACUGCUGAUCGGACUUAGGCCGUUCAUCGAGUUUCUUAGUGCGCCGUUCUGGGGAUCGUUGGCUGACAGGUGGCAGAAAGGCAGGCUGAUCCUUUUAGCCUCCCUUUCCUGCUGGAUCAUCUUCACCUUGCCAUUGGGAUUUAUUCAACCCCCAGCAACAUCCUGUAUGGUCCUAAAAAACAACACUGUGUACUUGCUGGCGUCCAAUCCUGAUCGUCGAAUCGUGAAGAGAUCCCCUAGCUUGGACGAAUUCCACCACAGGAAUGACGACGAUUGUCUAGAAGUCGCUGACAACGUUGUGUUCGAAAGUUUGAGGAAAGAUGAAGACAUCCAAGUGCCAGCGAUCAGGCAACGACUCGUUAAGAUCACGCGCAAAACGAAGAAUGAAGCUAGCCACGAGCCAUACAACGAUCACAAUAACAACAGGGUGCGAAGAGAGACCGCCACGACGGAGGAUAGUCCUGUGGAGGAUCUCAAGUACAAGCAGCUGGUGUUCGAAGACACCGAGACCGAUCCUGAAGCUAAGACCAUUGAUUUCGAAACUCUGCAACGAAGAAACCGUCCGGCUGAUAUUCUUGAGUACAAACGGUUCCUCAAUAACCAACCCUUGGACGACGGGAAACCGCCAAAGAAAGUGUACACGCACACCAAGACCAGAGUGAAACCACCCCCGACGAAGAUCAUGGUGAAACGAGAUGUGGAUACCGUGAUAGAAGCACCGGAAAUUAAGAAACCGGCCUCCUCGCGGCGAAAACGGUUGUCGACAGACGAUGAUCGCAAGCUGACGCUCAUGGAAGACGAAGAGGAAGAUGAAGUGAACGACGAUGACAUCGAGGAAGACGAAGAAGACGUCGAGAUGCCUUUAGUGAGGACCAGACGCUACAUUAGGAUACCCCAUUCCGGUCAAAGUCCUCACAACGUCGGAUACGCUGCCAACUACGACGCCAAUGAAAACAAGGGAUGGGUGAAGCCGUUGUUCAGCUCCAUUGUCUACAGGCUGCCAGACAUCCAAAAAACCUUCUUCCUCUUGCUGCUGCUAGUGAUAGUAGGAGAAUUCUUCGCUGCACCUGCAAUCACACUAGCAGACUCAGCGGUAAUCACCUUACUGGGCGAAGACGCGGACAGAUACGGUCAUCAGCGAAUGUUCGGCAGCUUGGGCUGGGGUCUGGCUAUGUUCUUCGUCGGAAUCGCUCUGGACCAUAGCACUGCGUUCCCAGACCAUCCUUGCGGUCCAGACGUGAGGGAAAAGAAUUAUACUAUCUGCUUCGCGGCAUUUAGUGUCUUAAUGGGUGCGGCGUUGAUCACAGCCACGCAAAUUACCUUCAAAUACGAUGUUAUUGUGACGGAACCGGAAGUGGUGAAGGCGCCAGCCGAACCGACCAGGGAAGAACAGUUGCAGAGUCAACUAUCUCAGCAGCUGAAUCUGCCGAGUCUUCAAGAUUCCUCCGCGGCAGUGAACCCGAAGCCUCAACCUCCAGAAGGAAAGACGAAAAUGUUUGCUCAAACGAUGCGGGAGAUCCCGGAAUGGGUGACCGUGUUGAAGCAGUUCAAGGACCUCAAGUGCGCGUCCUUCCUCUUCGUCGCGUGGUUCAUGGGCUUCGGUAUCGGGCUGAUCUUCACCUUCCUCUUCUGGCACCUCCAGGACUAUGGCGGCUCGCCCACCCUCUUCGGCGUUGCCUCCGUGAUUAAUCACAUAUCCGAGAUAUUCGCCUACUUCUCUAGCUUCAAGCUGAUCCGUCAGAUCGGCCAUGUCAAGGUACUAUGUAUGGGCCUUGCCGGCAAUGUUCUCCGUUUCCUGUAUAUAUCCUGGCUGACAAAGCCCUGGUGGGUGCUGCCAUUCGAGUUCAUCCAGGGCAUAACUCAUGCCGCAGUGUGGGCCGCGUGCUGCAGCUACAUUGCCCACAACACGCCGCCACAGUUGCGUACCAGCGCUCAGGGCGUUCUUCAAGGUAUUCACCAUGGUCUGGGCAGGGGUUGCGGAGCAGUGAUCGGAGGCAUGUUCGUCGAUGCUUACGGUACGACCGCGACGUUCAGAGCAUAUGGUCUCUUCUGCCUGGUGGUGCUCGGUGGUUUCGUGUUCAUCAACUUCUACAGAAAGGAUACGGGCUUUGUGUCGGACCUGCCGCAGACGGAGGAUCCUCACCAGGUGGCCGAGGCGACGCACCUGGCACCGCACGGGGUUCCAAGCAACGCCAUACCGCGCGCACUCAGCUCGACCCGUCUCCACGAACUAGCUAAUCAGGACACGGGAUACGGUGCCACUUAUCAAACGACGGGCGGUAACCUUGGUGUACCUGGUGCGAAUGGAGCUCCCGUGAACCCGACGAAUCCAUUUCUGAACGGUGGAGGCGGCGGCGGUGGUGGAUAUAAUUACGGUAUGACUGGCAUUGGCGAGGACGAGUAUAUCCGUAGGAGCUUCCAGCUCUACAAUGAAGUGAUCAGCGGGGAACUGGACCUGAUGAAGCCGCCGCCAAUAGUGACCCAUCUACACGCUCAACAACCAUGCACCAAUCCCUUCCAUCAGCACGAAUACGAAUGGUAACAGUCCGGGACGAUCGAUCCUGCCUGAGAUGAUCAACGGGACACGCUGGUCGACGACCGGCUCGUUCUCUGGAGAACCAUGAACCAAGAGGAGGAUGACCAAGUUCGAUGAGACGCAUCGAUGAAAAGCUUCAGUGGGGAGCUAGCUGAACACCCUGACGACCUGAUCGGUGCCCCGGUUGCUAACUGUACAUACGAACCGUCUGGUUGCUGCACCUUUAUGAAACUGGAGCCUACAGUUUUCUCGUGCAAUUUAACCUAUCUACGAUCUUCGAGGCAACAUCACAUUCUCGGAUACGAUUUUGAGGAAAUUGAGGUAACGAAGACACGAGUGGAUUAAAGGAAAAUAACUGAAGAACGUGGCAGGGUUAAGGGGCAAGUUCAACCCUCUUCCAUUGCAUUUUGAUUAACUAUCUAUAUUAUACUCCUCGAUGCUUGAAGAUGCAUCUAAGAAAUCCCAGAUUUCAAGUAAAAGAAUGCAGUAUUGAGAUGGACAACCGAGCCAAAGGAAACCGGCGAUAAAGACUGACCGAUGAAUUUGGAAGUCCCUGGUACUCGAGACCCCAAACGUUCGGAUUAUCUUCUUUGUGGAUCACUUGAUGGAUCGGUUGAUUUCAGAAUCGUGACCUGACCGACGGGAACAGUCGGAAAGCAAGACGCGUGAUCAGCGCCGGGGUACCGGGGGUGGCUUGGAAAAAUCGGGAUCGACGUCCGCGGAGCGGAAGUUCUCGAGCAUCGAACCGGAAGAACGAAUCGACGCCAUCCAAAGGAUGUACAUUGGUGGAGCGCGACGGCGUGGUCCCGAUUGGCGCGUGCUUAUUAGUCGGCGAAUGGUUCUUUUUUUCAUUUGAUUACCAUCGCCCGAAGAAAUAGCACGCGCGACGAGGGGACCGUUUCCGGCCAGAACACAAAUAAGCAAUUGUACAGCGGAGAUUAACCGGUAUAUCUUUCGAUGACAUGAGUAUAUACUUAAAAAUUACCUGACACGUGUAGUAACGGCACAACAGGAUCUGCGGGGUCGCUUCAACGAAACUAUUUAUCCUAUGGACUUGCAUUCCACGGUAUCGUUCGAGUUGCCCGCGACAGGCUGACUGUCCAUUCGAGAGUUUCCGCGUGACCCGCUCUCGAGAGCGACAUGUAUAACUUUAGAAAAUUUCAGGUGUUACCAGUAGAACUACCCUAACCGCCACACUGACGCCUUAGUUUUCUUAUUUUGCAAUUAUUCGUAGUUCACAAGUAUUUAAUAUUCGAAAUGAUUUUGGAGACAGUUCCACGUAAAUGCUCUAACGGAUAUCUGAAGAAAUCGAAAGCAAAUGUAUUGUUACAAUAUUUAUAAAGAGUACACAUCAACUUCAGUAAAUACUCCGUAGUUAGUGUUAAUUGCAGGUGCAUAGGUUACUACUAAUCAAAUGAAUGUGAUUAAACUACUUGAACUUCUAAAAAAUUGAUAGAAAUCGGUAUAUCUAUAACAUUUAUACUUCAUCGAUUUUCAAAACUGUUUCAAUUAGAGCUGAUGGUGUGAAAAAGUAACAACAAAUAUAAGUGCAUAACAGAGAAAUGUUCAUACGCAUUUAAAAAUCCUGUUACUUUAUUUUUUAAGGUUUUUAAGAACAUUUCUACAUACCCCUUUUUUCGCAUUAUUUUAAUAACUGUUUGUCUUUCAUAAAGAUCCGCUAUCUAAUCAUCAGUAUUCACCUGCAAAAAACGCCCUCGAGAGUAACUCACAAUAAUUAUACCCUCGAAUGGACACCUAGCCAGAUUUUCUCCUUAGUGGUGGCCAAUAUUCGGAAAGAGGAAAGUUACCGCGAUCGGUCAGCAUUCUUAAAAAGACCUGAGACACGCCGGAGAGCUCGAAUCACGCCGUGCAACUCGAGUGCAAGCGCCUCGAUGUAUUAUUGUGUAUCUAACGCGCCAGUACACUCUGCUUUUCUCGUUUCAUCGUGAAUUCCAUGGGCGCAGGCUCGCGUCCCACCGUGAUCGAGGAAACCGAGAACGGAAAGAGCACGAGGAUCGUCAGAGCGAUCAUUUGUAAAUACUCCUAUUCCCCUCGAAGACCCAACUCCCUGUUUCUCUCACGUUCUCCCGUGUGGAUAUUUAAGGACCCGUGUUUCUCUAUCCUUCGUCCUUGUUUUCUGUUCCUAGUUGCUCGUUCCGUGUUGCAAAUCUGUAAAACGUAUCACUUGUAAUCGGGUAGAGAGUCUAUCGAAGUAGCUCGUAUCUCGUACUGUUUUACCAUGUAAGCAGACACGUUUUUCUCGUGAUAGGUGUAUGAUACUGUUGACUAAAUAGAUGAUUAAAGAGGUAAUCGGCGAUGAUGGCGGAGGCUGAGGAAAAAGGAACCGGGAACGAGGGGGAGGGACGCGCAUCUCUAUUAAAUUAUUCGUUUCUUAAAUCGAUCGUGACGAGUCGGAUUGAUUGUAUCAAUUUUGCGGAUCAACCAUUAAUGGAUUCUUACUUGAAUAGUACGCAUGCGCUGGAUCAAGUUUCAAAUGUCAUUAUUUCGGAAGCACGUCGUAUCGGAAAUAUUGCAUGAUUCUCAGUUGUUCAUCCGUGUUGCGAAAUUCGAUUUUCUGUAUUUAAUAUUGGUAAAGGUUGUGUUUAAUCGAAAGUUUUCUUCGUUAAAGAUAUUAACAUGUUAAUAAUGCGAAUAAUAGUUAAUAUUGUUAUAUAUAUUUUAUGGGAUGUUUAUCUUUUAUUCCGGUGGAAAGAUGAAAAAGGGAUCGGUUUGUUGCGUUAGACCUCCCCUCGCGUCCGUGUUCCGAAAGUCGGUGAAACGAAGGGAAAUAAUCGGGUUUCCCGCGGCACAAGCUAGAGAUUACGUUGUACCUACAUACGAUGUCGAAGUUAAAGCUAAAUCUAAGGCUAUUGUUACGUAACCGUACGAAAAGUACCGAUUACGCGAUUAAAUCGUUAAGUGUGUGCGUCGGAGUGACCACGUGGUGGUGAGCGCCGAUUUCAGACGAUGAAAAUCGUCCGCAUGUCAGUGCAGGUUUUUCGAGGACACCUUCCACCGAAACUGAGUAGCAUUUAAAUCGAGAAUAUGCAUAACCGUAGCUAGCGUUCUACUCGCGAGUCAUGCAGAGCCGUUUACCUUGAAGGUGACGUAAGCAACAGCUGACUAAGUGAAAGAGUCCGAUAAAUUAAUCAUAAACUCACGUGAAUCUAUUUAAAGACGUUACCUAACGUAAUACAUGACUAUCCAAUAGUCCACCAAGUGCAUCGAAUUUUCUUUUAUAUUUCUGAUUUGAAGAAGUAAUCGGUAUCCUCUAUUUGAACGAAAAAUUACGCUAUCUCCAAACUGUAUUCAGUGAUUUCAGUAAAUUUAAUUUGUAGCAUCGUUUUAGUAGAAGUUUAGUAGAAGCAAUAGUUAAAAUUACCUAACACUACUUACUUAAUACUAUUAUCAUUAGCUAAUUAAUUUAUUAACUAAGAAAUUUAUUAUUUGUCCCUCUAGUUGCAAGGAUAUGUUCUCCAAAGAAUUCUAUCGUUUUCUUAGCUACCCUUCAAAGUAAACGGCUCGAAACCGCGUCCGUUUCCGACACCGACGAACGAACAAUCACGUAUCAACCCCCAUUGCCUUACGAAAAGCACGUGCACGCGCCACGAGGCUGGAAAUAGGUGGCAGAAUCAAUCAUCCGUACACCGUAGAGAAGCCGUAGGGGUUUACGUAUCGGAAUUGGUCUGUCGUUAUGAGAAGAAAGGGAGAAAAACGAGAACAUAGCGGAAAAGAAACUUUUGUUACCUCGCCAACUACUAUCGUUGACCACCGGCCCGUUCUAGGGAAGCUUCUUUAGAUGAUGCAGCCUGCGAUCGUGUUUCCGUUUCCCGCACGCGACGGAUGGAGGCCGUCGAACCUCUCUGCCUACAGAUUAUCAUUUGUUGAAGAGGAAGAGCCGGUGAAAGGCGUGCUCGAAAUAAACGGAAUGAGAAUUACGAACACUCUUGUCUCUUCUCGUUCUUCGACGCGACGAAGCUCGCGAGGAUCGAUCUAAUUUCUCGCUGCUGUGUCGGAUCUACGACGUUCACGCGAAGUCUUCCCCAAUACGUAGACAGUGCUAGCGAAUCUAUCAUCGAAUUUCGAUCGGAGACAUUCGAAAUGAACAUGAGAUUAAAGAAAGAUAUGGUACUACGAAAGAGAAGGGAAGAAUGUUGAUGAUGGAAAACGUACCGACGAAUCGUGUUAAGUUCCAAUGAUUCGCGGGCUAGAAUCCGUUUCGAUCGCGAUCAAUCUCGAACUCCGCGCAGCAUCCUUUCCGAGCAUACUUUUCACCAAAACCUGACACACACAUGGGUACAUGUAUACAUGCAUACAUACACGCGUGUUCUUCUACGAACACGCACAGACAUACAGAUAUACAGACACAUGAAACACGGCAACAUACAUCAUCCGCAAAUUCGAUACAUAUCAUGUAGGAAUUAAGAUGAAAGAGGAAGAGAUCGAUGUAACGUAUUGAAGAGAAAACGCUUUGCACUUGGUCACCCGGUACGUAGUCAGCGAAUCAGGAUUCUCGUUGACACUAGAACUACCAAAUAAUUGAAUUGUUUUGUAUGUUCAUUUGUGGAGAGACUUGUGUUUUAGUUUUUACAUUAGUAAAUCAGUUUACUUAAUUAUUCCUUGGGUAAGCUAUAAAUGAUGAUUUAUAAUUAUCUUUUCAGUAAUUGUAAACAGGAGAAACUCGAAAUCAGUGAUUUUGGCCCGUUUGAUAGUUCUAAUGUUAAAUGUUAAAUUAGUGAGAAAUCAGAUCGCGUUGAGAGUGAUCUGCCAAUAGAUUUUCAAGGAAAAAGGAAAACGUUAAGACUGACAGAGAAUAUCGUUGCUCGGUGUUCGUUAUCAGAGUUCAAUAGACUCUUGAUGAUCAAGGGACUCAAGUGCGAAGCGAGAUAACGACAGCUGUACUAUAGGUAUAGCGCUAUUAAUAGAUGAUUAUCAGUGGAAGAGUAAUAUACAGUAACGAUGUAAUUAAUAUACAGUUUGAAGAAAAAGAAGAAAAAAUGAUUGCUUCGAUUUUACUACAACCUUAUCCCAGCUAGAUCCGGGAAUCGUUGAAACGCUUCCUUUGUAGAUCGAUACCUUUUGACAGUGCUAAAUCUGCUGCAUGCACUCAGCUGCGUAAAGCGAUGAAUAGACCAUGCAUCUUUUCGUGUACGGAAUUCUCUCGCUAUAAUCACGCUUGUUUACUCGCAGCACAAUAGAAUCCCAAAUUAAUUGUAAUUAAUCGAACGUUGGAAGAAUGAUAAGAGGAAAUUUCAGAUUACACCACAGGAUACAUACGAUUAGAAGGAUGUUACAAAUGAUUAAAAAUAUUAUAGAGAGAGAAUAUUUCAUUAGAAACUGGAAAUCUUGGUUGAUUUUAUUCAAAACAAAUCGAACUAGAUUUACUAUAAACACAAGUACACUCGACAUGCAGAAAUGAUACAGCAUUGCGUUAAUCCUUUCGAGACUGACUCAAGAUAUAAUUAUUCAUAACCUUUCAACGAGAAAUUCGGAAUCCGACUACACUCCUAUAUCAAAAUAAAUUUUUCCUCUAAACAGCAAUAAAAAUCUAGAAAAUUAAUCUCGGAAGGAUUAAAUCUUAUAUAAUACUAUGAAAUCUACAAUGAAACAUGGCGGUACAUUAUUGGUCAGGAUUACAAUGGGAACGAUCUCGAGCAAGACAAACGCCGAACACGCUUGGUAAAUAAAGGUUUAUUAUUCGUCAUUCUUUCUCCUCUAUCGUUAUUUACUUAACUUCUGUUCGGACAGAAUUUACAACUAGAGGCACUAGUCAAGCUUAAACUCUAGCUGACUACGAAGUUUCUUUCCGUAAUUUAUGCUCGAUGUUUCUAACUCUAUUCGGGCUCUCUCUCUCUCUCUCUCUAUCUCUCUCUCUUUUUCUCUCUCUCUCAUUCUCUUCCUCGCUCUCAAUUUCUUUCCCCAGGUACGACGAGAUCCCGGGGAGCGGCAAAAAUCGAAAAAACUGGUGUAAAGUCGAAGAUUGACUAGAACUAGCGUGUUUCCUUUACCUUAAUCGAUAACUAAUUGUAAGUAAUAUGCUCACUCCAUGUUACUCUUAUUUUAUUUCUUCUUUGAUCACUGACCAUUAAGUGGUUCCGCUAUAUCGGUGUUCUCUCUGUGUAGUAUGCGUGUGUUCUUUUUUGUAUAUCUGUGUAUUCGUGAUAUCCGUAUCAUAUAUAUGUAUAUACGUGUGUAUACCUAUGUAUAUGUAAUAUAGAAACAGUGUGGCUGUAUAUGUAAGUACGUGUGUGUGACGGGUCUCUUAUGUUCUUCACGCGUGUCCUCGCGGUGAAAGAUCACGGAUUCAGCGAUUACGGAAGAGAGAAAGUACCGCGACUCCGCGUCCCCUUAACCUCUACUCCAAUAAAAACACUAUUGUAUAUACCCUAAGAAUGUAAAAUACCGGCUUCAUCUUGAAGGCAAUCGUAAUCUGAUUACCAUGGAGAGAAAAAAAGUGAAAAAGAAACGAUAACGCGUCCUCCAGCCUUGGUUACCUGGUUGCAUUCUGCGUCCUUGUCGCGUGCGUACAAAUGGCGUCCGCUCUUGACCGCGACGCCAUUUUGUUAGCGGCACGCGCGGCCGAAAACUUGGGUACCCGUGCAAAACGGGAAACAAAUCGUCGACAGAAAUACGUCGAAUCGAGUUAUUCCUGUUUCUUUGUUCUUUUCUCGUUUCUUUGGUUUCAAUUAAUCGUCCUGUGAGCGUGUGUCCCUCGUUCGUGAUUAUCGGCGGUUUCGACUCGUUAUCGUUCAUCAACUCCCGUGUAGGUAGUAGGUAGUAGGUAACUCGGUUUGCGUCUCGUUGGAGAUCGAAGUCCGUGUGAUUAGUAAUAUGCGAAGACAAGAAGAAGCAAGCGGCAAGAGAAGAGGCGGGAUAAACUGGUUUUCCGUUAGAAGACACGGCUCCGUU